GUAACCUCGUCACACAAACUGGGCAUGCAUGCAGCAUGAAAGCGAUUUCUGCAGAGAAUGAGCGGUGCAGAGGGGAUGUUUCCAGUGUUCCCUACAGACGGACUUUACCGGCAGUGGAAGGACCCACUUGGUAGCCGGAAAGCCGGCCUGCCACAAAUGCAAGAUUCGUUAGAUUCCGAGAAUUAUUCUGCGACUAGUGGAGCCGUUAUAAAAGAAGAAGAAGUGUUAGAGAAGGAGCUUGUGCCUAAAGACACUCAGUAUCUUACUGCCAAUUGUGUCUUAUUUACAUAUUUUACGGGUGAUACCUCCAGCGUUGUGGACGAACAUUUCUCCAGGGCCCUUAGUCAGGCCUCGAACUGUAGCGGGCCACUGUCUGCCAGUAGAUCUUCUGCGUGGAAAGAUGGCUGGCCUAUGUCACAGAGGAACUUUCCCCCGUCGUUCUGGAACAGCGCCUACCAGCCGCCAUCGGCCAGCAUGCCCAGCGCCACUUUAACCGCUGAUCCGUACUUAUCCGGAUCUUUCCAUGGCUUUACCGGGUUCCACCCACAAGACGCCUGGCACUACCCCUCCACUUCCCAGUCCCGGCCCCACGGCUUUUCCCACCAUCGUUCCAUGGCCGCCAUGCCGGGCGUCCAUGACUUCAGCUACGCCAGCAUGGCGUCACCAAGUCAUUACAGUCCGCAUUACGGGUCCAUACUAAUGCAGCAGUCAUUACGACCGGGGCGACUAGCCCACGGCCUAAGUCACCAAUAUGACUUGGGAAUGUUAGGGAAAAGCCCGGAAUCUUGGGGAUCAAGGCUGAAUGCCACAGGUAGAUUAGGCGCUGACUUCACCGCUACAUCCUCCCUGGAUCCGUCGGCCUCAGGACUUCAAGAAACAUCUAAGGAACCAUACUGGUUUUAA